ACUUUGGUUCAAAGGGAAAACAUAAACAAAAAGAAAGGAAGGUGAGGAAUUCUGUGUGCUAUCAGUAAUAUUCCGAAGUAAUUCGUCCAUGUCCCGCAGUUUGCAUAUUUCAUAACAUACAAAGAUUGACUUUCUGUACCGAUGGAGUAUUUGUGAAUUGAGUAAACAGCUGAAAUAUAGCUACAAACAGGUAAAGUCUCAACCGUCUGCAAGAGAAGAAUUCGUCCCCCGGCGGCUGGGAUGUGAUUGAUGUUCACCAGGUUUAGAGAUUCACACGAGUCCGAAGUUGACUUCGAAUUAUUUAAUUGAGAUAGACAAGAGAAAGUGUGUAUUGUGUACAGAAAGUGUCCUCAUCCUGAAUCCUCCUUGUACAGGAAGUUGUGAACGACCUUGACUGACCUCAGCCAUGGGGGCUGAGGAGCAACUUGGUCCUGAGGCUUCAACAACUAUCUCGGCAUUUACCCUGAUGGAUUCUUCAAGACUGUCAACAUUUGUCAUCUCAAUACUGCUUAUUGUAUAUGGCAGUUUUAGAUCUUUGAACAUUGACCAAGAAAAUCAAGAAAGGGAAAAAACAAAGGACUCCUACCCUCCUGGUGAAAAUGAAGGACAGCUCCAGACAAUUGAUUCUUGCCAAGCAGCAUUUCUCCCGAUUGGGGCCUCAGUUUCACUCCUUGUGAUGUUCCUCUUCUUUGAUUCACUACAGAUGGUGUUUGCAAUUUGCACUGCAGUAUUGGCCACCGUAGCUUUUGCCUUUCUUCUGUUGCCAAUGUCACAGUACCUCAUCAAACCGUGUUCCAGCGGACAAAAAAUAUCAUUUGGUGUGUGCGGCCGGUUUACUGCAGCAGAGAUCCUGUCCUUCUGUUUGGCUUUCUUCAUAGUGUGUAUCUGGGUGUUGACAGGGCAUUGGCUACUCAUGGACGCCCUAGGUAUGGGACUUUGUGUGGCAUUCAUAGCUCUCGUUAGACUUCCCAGUCUGAAGGUGUCUACAUUACUCCUGGUUGGUCUUCUCAUUUAUGAUGUGUUCUGGGUGUUUUUUUCUUCAUACAUAUUUAGUGCCAAUGUAAUGGUAAAAGUAGCAACGAGACCAGCAGAAAAUCCGGUGGGGGUACUUGCCAAAAAGCUUCACCUUAAUGGUCUGAUGAGAGAUGCUCCAAAACUCUCCCUGCCAGGAAAACUGGUGUUUCCAAGUUUACAGAAUUCUAGUCACUUUUCCAUGCUUGGUUUAGGAGAUAUUGUCAUGCCAGGUUUACUACUGUGUUUUGUGUUGCGGUAUGAUGCCUAUAAGAAGUCACAGGUGGCCUCAAUCGAGGCCGGAGUACCACCACCCUCCAACUACGUACAGAAACUCACUUAUUUCCAUUGUUCUCUUGUAGGCUAUUUCUUAGGUUUGUUAACAGCCACAGUUUCAUCAGAAGUGUUCAAGGCUGCCCAGCCUGCUCUGCUCUACCUUGUCCCAUUCACCUUGUUACCCCUGCUGACAAUGGCAUACCUUAAGGGAGACCUUCGGCGGAUGUGGCAUGAACCUUUUAUUGUUCAAAUCCAACCCAAAAACCUGGAUGUAUAGCGGCCCCUAUAUAGCGUUUAACGGUGGAUGUCAAAAUGGGAAUCCCAACAUUUUUGCUCUUGCUACAUCCAUACCUAGUCUAUAUUUAUAUAUCAGAAGGUUUUUCAGUUAACAAGGAUCUGAAGGUCAUUCAAGGACAAGUUGUUGCUAACGAUCAUCACGUCUAUAUCCAUGCGUCUGAUAUUCACCAUGCUACAGACAGAUUUCUGAAAAAAUAUCCACUCUGUGAAACUAAAUUCUUCACAGGAGAUUUCUCUGCAACUUAAGGAUGGAAACUUCGUUGUAAAUCUUUUGAUUUAAACAUUGCAAGAGUGUUGAAAUCCAUUGUGAAUUGGGAAAUGUCUCGAUGUCUCAUCUGUGUAUGAUCAACUCCCAAGCCAGAGAGGACAGAGGAUAAGGAUAUUCCCUGGGCUUGUUCAGUUCUAUAAGACAAUUUGAAUCAAUACAAAUAGCUAGGUGGUAUAGAUAAAGAAAGAAGAUUUGAAAUUAUACAGAGUGAAAAAAGACACAUCUGAUAAUUGAAACAUUGAGAAAGGAUUUCAAUUUACAUGUAUACACAAGUGGAAAAAAGGCAUUAUAUGGUAAUAGAUUGACAAAUGAUACUCAGCAUUUUAAGUAAGGAAUGACAGGAUUGGACAACAGUUACCAUGGCAACAAUGUACAGAAUCAAUCUGUUCAGAGAUUUGUGUAAUUGUAUCUUCAGUAAGAAAACUCUGCCGCUGUAAUCUUCUUAAAAAGACCUAAAUAUUGGUAUUGUGUGGGCUAUGGACAUCAUUUUAAAGGCUAGAGAUAGGUUGCUAUGUUGAAGACAUGAUGUCAUGGCUGUAUACGGCUCACUGGGCAUCUACAUGCUUCGGCAAAGAUAUUAAUAAUGUGUAAUUAGAAUCCCUCAUUUUAACAUUGUUUCGUGAGUUGGUGUGUUUAUAUGUAAUUUGUGUGGGUACUGAACCCAUUUGAAAGCUGUCUUGGCCAGUGAAAUGUUAUAUUUUAAAGGAAACGAAGUUCGGUGAAUUGUUACAUUAGACCCAGACUCGUGUAUACCUUAUUAUGAUUUUAUACAGUAUGUUGAAUAGAGCAGCAGGAUAUCUGCACUUUGAAUGAUUUUUAUCUCAAAUUUAAAUAUUUUAUGUCAUUUUUAUAUGUAUAGGGUAAGGGACAUAUUUUAAAAAUCAAGUAAAACUUGCAGUAGAAAUUAGUGCUUUAGGUGUGUAUGGUAUAAUUUUAACAUGUGGCGUUUGGUACUUCACUGAGACAGGGGAGAUAAUUCAGAUUUAAUUUUUAGGUGUUAUAUAUGUGAAGUUUGCAGUACGCCAUCAUUCCUAGUAUCUAAUCAGUUCAACAUCAAUAGAAAGUAUUAUAAGGAUGUAUUGACUUAUAUUUACAUUAAUGAAAUCAAAAGUAUGAAAUUAGAUUUAAAUUAUUAAUUGAAGCCGUAUAAUAAGAAUCAAAUACAUGUAUGAACUAAAAGAUAGUUUUCCUAGAUCAACAACAAUGUCAUGUUUAAUAUAAUUUAUUAUCCAAUAACGCUUUUAUUUGUAAAAAUGUUUUCUUUUGCUUACAUGGUAUUUGAAUAGCGUCACAAUACUUUACAGUAUCAUGAAUAUUAAGCAGAAAAGCGGCUUAAAAACAUAUAGUGUAGUUUUAAUCGUAAGACAUGUUACAAUGUACACAAGUGAGCUAUUGAGUUUCAUUAGCCAACCAUCAUGAGAUCGUGGGUUGUUCAAUUCGCCCUAUGUCUGUGGUCCGUCAUCAGUCCGAAAAUCAAUCCUUGUUAUGGCUUGAAUAGUAGUUGUGCCCAUUCAAAUUUGAUUUGCUAUUCCUUGAAAAGUAAUGGAGGGGUAUUUUUCAAACUUCACACAUUGGUUUCCAUUAGUCCCUAGUUGUGUGGAACACUUAAUUUUAAUUCUAAUCGGGAAAACACAAUAGCCAACAAAUGGCCAUCUGAGAUUUUGGCAGAUGAAGAUUGAUAUCGCUCUUUCUUGAGAAGUACUAGAAGGAUAUUUCUCAAAAUUCACAUAUAGGUUCGUCUUGGUCCCAACUGAAUUGUGCCCAUUCGAUUUUCAAUCUAAUCAAGAAAAACAAAAUGCCUUACUGGCAGCCAUCUUGGAUUAUAAGUUUGUUAUCUCCAUUGCUCAGAAAGUCCUUAGAUCUUAUUUGGAUUUCAUAUGAAUGAAGGUUUUCCUUGUUUUUGGAUUAUAAGGGGAAAAGAGGGAAGAAGGGAAAAGCAGAAAAAAGAUCAGUCUUGCAUAGAACCAAUAAAGAUCAUUCAAUGGUGGGCACCAAGAUCCCUCUGGGAUCUCGUUUCAACAGUGUGAGCGUGCGUGUUUGCAUUCAUGUGUGUGGUCAUCAUUUCAAUUGUUGUAGCUACAUGUAUACUUUCAUUUCAAAUAUUUUCCACGUUAGAUCUGUACAAUAUUGAAGUUACUGUAUCGUUUUACACAUUGUGAGAUAAUAAAGAUGCUAAUCAAACUCAUAAUUUACAUAUCUUGACAGAUCUUCAUUUAUGUGUUCAUAAAUCCAUCACAUGGUUGUUGGAUAUUUAAAUGGUUUUAAACAAGUUUAAAAAGUUUUCUUUCAUUUUUGCUUUCAGUUUUAAACAUGUUUUUUUUUUUCAACUAUGUGAGUACCAACCAGGCAUUAUUUAUUAAUGAAAAUUUCAUUUUUGACAUAAUUCCAUUGUGAGCGUGUCCUGCACUCUGUAGAUCCGACUCCCUCAGUUGAUGAUCCCACAGUCUGUGUAGAAUACAUUAUUAGAUGCCCCCAUUAAAAACUCCUGUAUCAGCAAGUGCAGGACAUGAAUGUUUUCAUGAUUGCCAAAAUUUCCGAGCUUCCAUUUGUCAUUAUUGAAAUGUAUGGGAUAGAUUGCCUGGGCAACUGGGUUCUGUACAUGGAUACAUCAUACCAACCUAUAGCAAUUAAAUGUUUUGAGAAUCCAAGAAAACCCUCCAAAUUAGCUAUAAUUCUAGCAAGUCUGGUAAAAGAAAUUGUUCCUCAAACCCAAGUCAGCAUAUGAAACUUGUCACCAAAUGAUUCGGAAGAUGAUUAUAACCGUACUUACCAAACAGUAGAAAGAUACUCCCGAGAUGUAUAAAAAAAUUGAAGUGAUUAUGGUAAUUCCUAGUUCAAAUGUAAACUAUUUAUUUUACAAUAAUUAUGAAAUAAUCGAGAAUGAGUCAGAGGUAUUUUGCUGGAUGGCCAUCAGUGCAUCACAGGAACGGAAAUUGUGAAAUAAGUUAUAUAUCGGCUUAUAUUAAUCACCCUAGUUCCUAGUUACACAAGUCUGCUAAGGCAGUUAUUACAGUAGCAAAGAAAAAGUGUCUUGAUUUAAAUGAUACAUGUAUUUUAGAAAUUAUGUGAACUUAAUUAUUUCUAAAAAUGAUGGUUUUAAAAGUUUAAUAUCUUAGGUUUUAGUUUUUACCAGUACAUUUGUAUAUGGUUGUUACAUAAAAUUUCACAAUUCAUUUCCACAAAUUUCUAGUGCUUUUGAUUUCCUAAAACAAUGGUGUUAUAUUAACAAUAGUGCCCAACAUCAACUGCAGACUGUCCUUAAGUUAAGGACAUGCAAGGUUUUUUGGAGGUGGAGGGAAGCCGGAAUAUCCGAGGUUUACUCCAGCUUUCCUCCACCUCCAAAACCUGGUAUGUCCUUAAAUGACCCUGGCUGCUAAUAGGACGUUAAAAAAUUUAAAAAAAAACUCCUGCAUCUGAAGGCUAGGGUACAGCAUUAUCUCCCUUUACAGGAAGUUUUAUGUCAUAUAAUGGUUUCUCUAGAUCUGUGUGUUGGAGGAAGGGUAGCAGGCCUUCAGAGCUAGAUUUUUGUGUGCAGUUUUGUCAAGACAGAAAUUCUUAAAUCCAAAGAAAAAUAAAUCCAUGUGAAAGUUUUAAUGUUAAUUUCAUAUUACAGGUCAUCAGUCUGAAAAGCUGUGUCUCCUAAAACAAGUUGUGAUUUUAUAAAAGGAACUUAAAAUUUGGUUGUCUGUAAAUGGUAAGAAUGAGAGUGGAAUGUAAGAAGAUUUUGACUGUGUGUGCUGAUAAGAUUUUGAGUGUUUCAGGGUAAAUGUAAGCACAUAUGCGAUUUGUACUGUGGAACGGUGUAACAUGUAAUAAAUUCUUUUAAUUUAA